UUUUCUCUCUUACUAAUAUUUUGAUAUAAUUAGUAUUUCCAUUACCAUUAUUGUUUUGAUAUCAUUAGCAUUUUGUAUUUCUCGCCCUUGCGCCUUUCUGUUACUGUGUUUAAUACCUAUUUCCUUGAUUCUUUUACUCAGUCUUUGUAAUAUGAAAUCCCAGACUAAACAAGUACCAUGUCCCAUCCCGCACAGGCCGGCCUUCUGCUGCUGUCCGUCCUCGUCUCGGAGGCGGCCGAGAGUCCUUACUCCGCGCCCAUCCCCAUCCUGAAGGACGACCGAACGCAGGACGCCUACGGUGGCUACUCCUUCGACUUCGAGUCCGGCAACGGCAUCGUCCGGCAGGAGUCCGGGAAGGAGAGCGACGGACAGGCGAAGCAGGGAGGCUGGAGAUACGAAUCCCCCGAGGGCGUCCCCGUCGAGAUCUCCUUCGUGGCCGACCAGGGGGGGUACCAACCCCAGGGGGCGAUCAUCCCCGUGGCUCCACCCCUUCCCUACCAGAGAUCCGGGAACUAAGAUCAUUUUCUUUAAGUGAAAGUGAAGAAACUUUAUCCGGAAAUUGAGACUUUUCUUUUAAAGCGAAAGUGAGAAAAGAAAUUCUUAUUCUGAUUCUUCUAUCACUGCUACUUUUGUUU